UGAUUAAUAAACCAAAAUUGCAUCAAAAUGGAUUCUAAUGAUUAUAAAAGCUUGGUAUUGUACUAUGGAAGAUCACGAUUUUAUAACUCAAUGCAGAAAACUGCAUUAGACGGUUUAGCCAAGUUUCCAAUGCAGCCAGAGUUCCGAUUGUUCAACGGUGUUGCACUUGCUUUGGGAAACCGUAUGCAGGAAUGUAUCCGUGAAUUAAAUCCAUUGAAAAAUGAAUCGGAAUUGGGUUUGGCAGCAACAAUGACUCUUAUAUACGCCCACAAACAAUGUCGGCAUAUUGAUCGUGAUGCAGUGCAGGCCUUAGAGAGUCGAGUAUCUGACGGAAUAAACUCGAAUAGUGCCGCAGCAUUUUACUAUACAGCCGUAUUCCAUUAUUUGACUGGUGACAUUAAUGCGGCUUUUGAUUGCAUCGGGAAGGUUAUGAAAAUAGAUGCCACUUUGGAUGCGGCCUUGAUUUUGAAGAUUUGGUGUGAACUAUCUUCAAGUUUGGGGCUGUCGGUCAACGGAAAGAUACAAAGCUUGCUGGAUGGGUGUAUUUCUAGGAGCAAUGGCAAAAAUAUAGAUGCCUCCUUGGCUCUCGUGCGAUUUUAUCAAAAGAAAAGAGAAUUUGAAGCAUCGCAUUCAGUCAUUAAUCAACUCAGUAUUCGGUUUCCCGAGAUAGUCAUUUUUCUGAUCGAGAAAAUGGAUUUACAGUUGUCAGCCUUGGACUGGGAUCAUUCGCUGGAUACUUCUAUUCGGGUUGUCAACUUGGAAUCCUUUAAUGUUGCUGCUCUGCGCACUAAAGCCGUGCUGCAUAUUGUCCGUGAGAGCAAGAUGAAAGCGGGGACAGUUACGGUUCAACAACUCCUGGCUUCGGUAGAGCGUAUUGAGCCCGGAAAUCACGGACUUUUGCUGGAAAUAUGUCAGUUAUUCUCAAGAAUAUGCUCGAGAAACUCGGAUUUACUUCAAGUAACCCAUCAAUGCAUUGAAAAAGCGAAUCAAGAAAAUCCGGGCAACGUUAGCCUUCUCACCGAACUGGGCUAUCAGAAGCUACUCUUGGAUAACGUAGCCGAUGCAGAGCUGGCAUUUCGUGCGGCUUGUAAUGUCGACGGAAGUAACUUUGAUGCGCUCUGUGGCCUGACGUUGUGCAAACUAAAGGCUCCUCUUGAUGUUGAGAGUAGGCAGCAGGUUCGACAGCAGUUGGCAUACCUCAUGAAGCUCUCUGACUACAAACCUGAACCUGUGGUCCUUUAUAUGUCCGCAUUGACGACAGAUCCAAAAGAGCAACACAUAUCACCAGUGCAACUAUUGGAGGAGGCAAUAGAAUUGCAUUUUCGUAAGCUUGAGUUAUUGUCUUUCGGUGUUGAAUAUAUCUGUCGCAUGAAUCCCGACUUUAUGCUUGAGCUAUGCGCAGCUCUGAUUCGUCACACUCCAAAUGUAGCUCAAGAAGCUCACUUUGAGCUUAAUCUGGACCAGGAAUCGAUGCACAUAACUCUUAAACACAGUCUCAACAUACUGGAAAGCAUACUUCAUGUAUGCCCCGGACACCAAGGAGCCAUGUUUGCGCGAGCCAAGGUUGACUUCUUAUGCGGCGAGCAUUCUAAAGCCAUGAGUCGCCUUCAGCAUAUACUGAAUGUCUUUGGAGAGACUUUCACAGAUGCAUACCUUCUUUUGGCCCAAAUAUUGGUGGAAAAGAGGCAGUACCCCAAGGCUUUAGAGUACCUUGAACUUUCGUUAGCCCAAAACUUUACAGUGCGUGACCGGCCUAUGUACCAUCUGCUGAAGGGUAUCGUACUAAAGAGGCAGCAAAAGUUAUCUGAAGCGCAUCAGAGCUUUCUGCUUGCAUUGCAGUUAGUUGGAGUUGUGCAACCUUCAGAUACUUUAACGCCAAGCGACAGCUUUGACAGAACGCUAAACAGUUCCGAUAAAAUGACUUUAUAUAUAGAGCUUAUCUAUAUUCUUCGUGAGAUGGGCGAUUCCCAGAGUAUCUACGAGAGCGAACGCAUCUUACAGUCUGCGAUUGAGGAUUUUAACGGAACCACUGAGAUGGGUCGCUUAGUUAUUGCACAUUCGCAGCUUAUGCUAGAGAAAUGUAACAUUUCCAAGGCAAUUAGUCUGCUUUCAACAAUUAAACCAGAUCAAUUGUACUAUGUACAGGCUCGGACACAUUUGGCAAAUAUUUACCUGCAACAUCAAAAGAAUCGUAGUGGAUUCUCCAAAUGCUUCAGGGAAUUAGUUGAAGCUCGCCCGGAACCUAAAAGCUUUUUGAUGCUAGGGGACGCAUACCUAUCUAUCCAAGAGACUUCUAUGGCGAUUGAUGCAUAUAGAAAGGCAUAUAAUAUGUGUCCAUCAAAUGCUUUACUGGCUAAAAAGCUUGGCCGAGCCUACGUUAAAAGUCAUCAUUAUGCCAAGGCUCUUAAGUACUACCAUGAAGUAAUUCAAAAUCCAGAUUGUUCUGCCCUAAAAUUGGAUUUGGCCGAGUUGUUUUUAAAGCUGAAACAUUUUCAGAAUGCCAUAAAUAUAUUGUCGGAUUCUGAUGGUCAUAAAAUAACUGAUGACAGCCUUUCAGAACUACAACUAAGAACAAAACAGCUUUUAUUACUGGCACGUGUUCAUGAGAAGUCUGGAAAUAUUCCCGAAUCGAUGAAGGCCUUGGAUAAAGCUCGUGAUAAUCAAUACAUUGUGCAGAAACGUUGUGCUGUUGAUCAGUCAGAAAACAUAUUCGAACAGAACAAAAUAUUGUCAAAAAUAUGUCUUCUUUUGGCACAACAGGCAAUAUACAUUAAAAACAACGAUUUGGCAUUGACUAAUUUCAAGGAAUGUAUGAAAUAUACUCCCAAUGAUAUAGAAACAUUAGUGUCACUCGCUAAACUCCAAAUGAAAUCAAAGGAAAUGGACAUGUGUCGCAAUACUUGCUUACAGAUUUUGCAAAUUGAUAGUAAUAACGAAGCAGCCUCCGUGUUGAUGGCAGACUUAUCAUUUAGAAAGAUGGAAUUUGAGAACGCUGCGUACCACUUCUCACAACUCUUAUUAUCCCAGCCUUGCAACUGGACAGCAUUGGCUCGACUAAUAGAGGUUAUGAAGCGUUUUGGCACAUUGUCUGAAAGUUUACCCUUUUUACAACGCGCAGAGCAGGCGUCAGCGAAAUAUAAAAAUUCACCAGGACUUAACUAUUGCAACGGACUAUUUGAAUGGUACAAUGGAAACCUAAAUAGCGCAUUGCGCUACUUUAAUCUAUCCCGCAGAGAUCAUAUAUGGGGUCAACAGGCAAAGCUAAAUAUGAUUGAAAUAUGCAUCAAUCCAGAUGGUGAAAUACCAAAUGCAAAUGACGUACUAGAAGCUGGAGAUAGUGGAGAGUUUUGUGAAUCCCGCUUAAUCGCUUUGCGGACAGCCGAGCGUUUGCUUAAAGAAAUGGGACCUCGACCUGGAGAAAUUUAUGAAAAUGACUUAACUCAUCGUGUACUUUGCAACUUUCUUCAGAUGGCUUCUAAGCAAAAGUUUCAAAUUGAAUCAGCACUAAAAGAUUUUACGGAGCUUUUGCAGAAUGAAGGAAGCCCAUUAAUGAUAACAGUUGUGUAUGGAAUAGCUUUGGCUUUAGUUCAGCUGAAGCAAGUUCAGCGAGCAAAAAACCAUCUUAAGCGCAUAGCUCGAUUAAAUUGGAGUUAUGAGGAUGCCGAGUAUUUGGAGCGAAGCUGGUUGCUCUUGGCUGACAUUUAUAUUCAUGCCAAUAAGUUGGAUGUUGCUGAGACAUUUGUGGAUCGUGUUUUGGAAUAUAACAAAUCAUGCACAAAAGCCUAUGAAUUGGCUGGAUAUAUUGCGGAAAAAACGCAAUCAUAUAACGAUGCUGCUAAAUACUAUGAAAAAGCCUGGACAAGUUGUGGACGCUCUAAGCCACAAAUGGGUUAUAAAUUAGCAUUAAACAAUAUGAAGAAAAAGGAGUAUACAAAUGCUGUUAAUGUUUGUCAGCAAGUUUUAAAAAUACACCCCGAUUAUACUAUCAUACGCAAAGAUAUUCUCGAAAAAUGUCGCAACAAUUUAAGAUCUUAAGCCUGCUCAUUAAAAUAAUAGCAAAUAAUUGCACUAUAAUUUUACUGUACAAUAAAGUGAAACAACCAACAA